CAUCCAGUCCCUCGGGCCUUCUGUUAUACAACCACUACUGCCCACUCCAAGAGAGGACUCUACCACCACAACUCGCCACCAACCCUUCGUUGAUAUACGGCACUGACCCCGCCGUCCGAAGGUUCACUCUCGCCCUCACUCCAUCUCCCAGUGAAAUACUUUUGAACGGCAUUGACCCUGCCUUCUUCUUUAUUAUAAUUUCUAUUAUACCCUUGACCCAAAGACACCAUCAUGAACGUCCUCAUCUUCGGAGAUCAGACUGCUGAUCAGUUCCCCCUUCUGAAAAAGGUGGCCACAUGGAGAAACAACGCCACUCUUACAACCUUCCUCGACCGUGCCAGUGUUGUUCUUCGCGACGAAGUUCAGAAGCUGCCCAAGACACAGCGGGAUCAGAUCCCUGAUUUCCUAACUACUUGGGAUCUUGUCAACAGCUACUACAGCGAAGGCAAGAAGAUUCCCCAGCUCGAGAGCUGCAUGGUCACACUCGCACAACUUGCACACUACAUUGGGUACUACGGCGAGAACCCAACAGACCUGCCAAACCCUGCCAACACACGACUUGUCGGUCUCUGCACUGGUUCCAUCGCAGCCUCUGUAGUAGCGUCCGCACGAUCCAUCAGCGAGUUGCUGCCCCUUGCAACAGAGGCUGUCCGUAUUGCCUUCCGCGCUGGUACCUGCGUUGGCGCGGCCAAAGAUGCGCUUGAGCAACCUGCAGAUGCCAAAGAAAGCUGGUCGACUAUUGUCACAGGUAUUUCUGAGAGCGCAGCGAAGAAGGCCUUGUCCGCGUUUCACGAUGAGCGACGGAUACCAGCCUCGGCGCGCGCCUAUGUUAGCGCCGUUAGCGUCAUGGCUCUAACCAUCAGCGGCCCACCAUCAACAACGAAACGACUAUUCCAGGAGAUCGACGCCUUCAGAGACAACACCCGGGUGCCCAUCCCUGUACACGCACCUUACCAUGCCUCGCACAUCCACGCUCAGGCCGACAUCGACCGCAUUCUGGACAGCGAGGCCACCAGGCACUUCCAGCAGUUCCGACCCCUGGCUCUGAUCCACUCCGCAUCCAGCGGCAAAUGCCAGACUGCGAUCAACACACUCGAGUUGAUGCGCAAUGCCCUCACCGGCAUGCUCCUCGAGCCCGUGCGCUGGGAUAGCCUUCUGGGCGAAGUCGUCUCUCAGGUGACUGCCACUGGCAGCGCAGACUGCUCUGUUGCUGCUAUUGGUGUGACCAACGUUGCCAACAGCCUUGCAUCUGCUCUCAAGGCUGGUGGUCAGCCCCACACUGCAGUCCGCGACCACACCUCAUGGGUGCAGACCAACCAUGCCACUCGCGGCCGCACUCAGAGCGACAAAAUUGCCAUUGUUGGUAUGUCCGGUCGUUUCCCUGGUGCGGCCAGCCCUGAGGCGCUUUGGGAGCUUCUUGAGAAGGGCCUCGAUGUUCACCGCGAAGUCCCAGCAGACCGUUUUGAUGCCAAGGCUCACUGCGACCCCUCUGGCAAGGGAAAGAACAAGAGCCACACCCCCUUCGGUUGCUUCAUUGACGAGCCUGGUCUAUUCGACCCCCGCUUCUUCAACAUGUCUCCCCGUGAAGCUGCCCAGACUGACCCUAUGGGCCGCCUUGCGUUGACAACCGCUUUCGAGGCCUUGGAGAUGUCUGGUUACGUUCCCAACCGCACUCCUUCCACCAAGUUGAACCGCAUUGGAACCUUCUACGGUCAGACUUCUGACGACUGGCGUGAGAUCAACGCUGCCGAGAACAUCGACACCUACUUCAUCACCGGCGGUGUAAGAGCGUUCGCUCCGGGCCGCAUCAACUACUACUUCAAAUUCUCCGGCCCAUCCUACAGCAUCGAUACCGCUUGCUCAUCUUCUCUCGCUGCCAUCCAGUUGGCCUGUACCUCGCUCUGGGCAGGAGACUGCGACACCGCCUGCGCUGGUGGUCUCAAUGUCCUUACCAACCCGGAUAUUUUCUCGGGUCUCAGUAAGGGUCAGUUCUUGUCCAAGACUGGUAGCUGCAAGACGUACGACAACGACGCAGAUGGUUACUGCCGUGGUGAUGGCUGUGGCUCAGUCGUGCUGAAGCGCUAUGAAGAUGCCAUUGCUGACAAGGACAACAUCCUUGGCUGCAUCUUGGGUGCCGCCACGAACCACAGUGCCGAAGCUGUUUCCAUCACUCACCCCCAUGCUGGCGCUCAAGAGUACCUUUACAGCAAAGUUCUCGCCAAUGCCGGUGUUGAUGCCCACGACAUCAGCUACGUCGAGAUGCACGGAACUGGUACUCAGGCCGGUGACGGUAUUGAGAUGACUUCGGUCACUAACGUGUUUGCGCCCCGUCACCGCCAGCGUCGCCCCGAGCAGACUCUUCACCUUGGUGCCAUCAAGGCCAACAUUGGUCACGGUGAAGCCGCUUCCGGUAUCAACUCUCUCGUCAAGGUCCUGAUGAUGAUGAAGAAGAACGCUAUCCCCGCCAACGUCGGUAUCAAGGGAGUGAUGAACAAGACCUUCCCCAAGGAUCUUGCUCAGCGCAACGUUCACAUUUCGACUACCCAGGUCGCACUCCCACGCCAGGGUGCUGAGAAGCGCAAGAUCUUCCUGAACAACUUCUCCGCAGCUGGCGGUAACACCGCUAUCUUGCUCGAGGAUGGUCCUCUGCGUCAGGCGCCCAAGGGUGUCGACCCCCGCAGCAUGCACACUGUCACUGUUACCGCCAGGUCCAUUGCAUCGCUGAAGAGGAACAUCAACAACGUCAUCAAGUUCCUCGAGGAGAACCCAGAGACCACUCUGCCCAGUUUGGCCUACACAACUACUGCUCGCCGCAUCCAGCACAAUUACCGCGUUGCUAUCUGCGUCGACGACAUCUUGAAGGUCAAGGAUGCUCUCCAGGCUCAGAUCAAGGACUCCUACAAUCCCCUUCCUAUGGUCCCAACCAAGACUGCCUUCACUUUCACCGGACAGGGCUCGCAGUACACUGGUCUCGGUCAGAAGCUGUACGAGGACCUUGAGUCCUUCAAGGCAGACAUCGACCAGCUCGACAACAUCGCACGCCUGCAUAGCCUGCCAUCAUUCUUGCCCCUGCUUACGGGCACCGAUGUGGCUACUCUCUCGCCCGUCGUUGUCCAGCUCGGUAUGGCAUGUAUUCAAGUCGCUCUUGCCCGCAUGUGGGAGUCUUGGGGCAUCAAGCCCGUUGCAGUAGUUGGUCACAGCCUCGGCGAGUACGCUGCACUCCACAUUGCUGGUGUCAUCUCUGCCAGCAACAUGGUUCUUCUGGUAGGCCGCCGCGCUGAGAUACUUGAGCAGGAGUGCACCGCUGGCACCCAUGGUAUGCUUGCUGUCAAGGGCAGUGCUGCUUCCAUCAAGGCCGCUCUUGGCGACAAGAUGACCGAGAUUGCCUGCAUGAACGGUCCUGAAGAAACUGUUCUCUGUGGCACAGUUGAGGUUGUCGAGUCCACCAACCUGAUCCUUUCUGGCCAGGGCUUUAAGUCCACCAAGCUGAAUGUGCCCUUCGCAUUCCACUCUGCUCAGGUCGAGCCAAUCCUUGCCAAGUUCCAGGAAGUUGCCUCUGCAGUUGUGUUCAGCAAGCCCCAAGUACCAGUCAUGUCUCCUCUUACUGGCGAAGUCAUUCGCGAGGCCGGCAUCAUCAACGCCGCGUACUUGGCUCGCCAUGCGCGCGAGACUGUCAACUUCUGGACUGCCUUGACUGCUGGCAAGGACCAGAAGCUCUUUGACGAGAAGACCACUUGGCUCGAGGUUGGCGCCCAUCCUGUCUGUAGUGGCAUGGUCAAGUCAACCCUCGGUGGAGCACCCACUACUGCCGGGUCCCUCCGCCGCAACGAGGACCCCUGGAAGACUCUUUCCAACACGAUUGCGACCCUUCACCUUGCUGGUGUCGCUUUCGACUUCAACGAGUACCACAAGCAGUUCAAAGAUGCUUAUGAGCUGUUGACCCUACCAACCUACAGCUUCGACAACAAGAGGUACUGGCUGGACUACCACAACAACUGGACUCUGACCAAGGGCGAGGCCGUUCAGCCUGCUCAGCCCAAGGCCAUUGAGGCUCCUGUCGAGAUCCCAUCCAAGCUGUCCACCACUUCCUGCCACAAAGUCGUUCGCGAGGAGCUCCACGCCAACUCUGGUACUGUGGUCAUCCAGUCCGAUUUGUCUGACCCCAAGCUCAAGGCCACCAUCACUGGCCACCAGGUCAACGGAACACCCUUGUGCCCAUCCUCGCUUUACGCAGACCAGGCCAUGACCGUUGCCGACUAUCUGUACCAGCAGUUGCGCCCCAACAUGCCUACACCUGGUCUCAAUGUCUGCGCCAUGGAGGUGCCUAAGACUUUGAUCCCGCAGUGGCCUGCCCCAGCCGGUGGUCAGCACUUGCAGGUCGAGGCUACUGCUGACCUCGAGACCAAUCAGGUUGAUGUCAAAUUCCGCACCGUCACCGCCGAUGGUUCCAAGGUCCUUGCCGAGCACGCCUUCGGUGUCGUCAAGUACGAAGACGUCAAGAUCUGGAAGGAGGAGUGGAGCCGCAUCCAGUACAUGGUUCAGACCCAGAUCGAUGUCCUCAAGCAGAAGCUUGAGACUGGCGCUGCCCACAAGGUACUCCGCGGUAUGGCUUACAAGCUAUUCAAGGCUCUCGUAACCUAUGCCGACAACUACCGCGGUAUGGAGGAAGUCAUCCUGGACGGCAAGACCACCGAAGCAACAGCUCAGGUCCAGUUCCAGACCACUCCCACCGAUGGAGAGUUCUUCUGUUCUCCGUACUGGAUCGACAGCUUGGCUCAUCUCUCUGGCUUCAUUGUCAACGCUUCUGACCACCUCGACUCUGACAACUCGGUCUACAUCUCCCACGGAUGGGGAUCGAUCAAGAUCUCGAAGCAGCUCUCGCCCGAGAAGAAGUAUCGCUCCUACGUCCGCAUGCAGCCCGCUCCUGGUAACAUCUCUGUCGGUGAUGUCUACAUUCUUGAGGGCGAGGAGAUCAUCGGUAUGGUUCUCGGCCUUAAGUUCCAGAACAUUCCUCGACGCGCUCUCAACAUCAUGAUGCCACCCUCCGGCAUCAAGACAGCUCCCGCCGCCAAGUCCGUAGCUAAGCCUGCUCCUAUCAAGGCCAUCGCUCCCGCUCCCGUCAAGGUCUCCAAGCCUACGGCGAAGCCUGCCAAGGUCAAGGUCAAGCAGGCUAGCAGUGGUGUUACAGCCAAGGUCAUGAAGAUCAUCGCUGAGGAGACCGAUGUCGACAUGUCCGAGCUCGUUGACGACGCUGCAUUCGAGAACCUCGGUGUUGACUCCCUGCUCUCUUUGACCAUCUCGGCCAGGUUCCGUGAGGAGCUCGACAUGGAGAUUCCCUCCACCCUCUUCACUGACUGUGCCAGCGUUGGCGAGCUGAAGGAGCACUUCGCUCAGUAUAACGGCGGUGCUACCGUCAUUGAGGACGAUGCCUCCGACACCACUGACGAGCCAUCUGACGCCUCCACUCCCUACGAGCGUGAGGCUGGCAGUACUCCUCCCAGCUCUGCUCCCAGUGUUGAUGGCAACGACGUCGACAUCAAGGUCUCCGAAGAAAUCGUCGAUGGCGAGGCCAGUGUUGCUCGCAAGCUUGUUGCUGAGGAGAUGGGUGUUGAUGUCUCCGAGAUCACAGACGAUCUCGACCUCACCGACAUUGGCAUGGACUCCUUGAUGAGCUUGACCAUCCUCGGCUCUAUGCGUGAGCAGACCGGACGCGACCUUCCCGCCGACUUCCUUACUGUGAACGUUACCAUUAAGGACAUCGAGACCGCCCUUGACAUGCGCCCUGCUCCCAAGGAGGUCAAGGUCACUGCCAAAAUCACCACCAAGGCUCCCCAGCUUGCUGAGGUCAACAAGAAGCUUGCUAAGGCUAUCGACAUCUCGCAGCUGCCUCCCUCCAAUUCUGUACUACUCCAGGGUAACCCCAAAAUUGCUUCCAAGAAGUUCUUUUUGGUCCCUGACGGUUCCGGCAGUGCUACUUCCUACAUCUCCAUCCCCAACAUCUCCCCCGACAUGGCUGUCUAUGGAUUGAAUUGCCCGUUCAUGAAGUGCCCCGAGAAGUGGGAGUGUGGUGUUGAGGGUGUCUCUCAGAUCUACCUCAAGGAGAUCAAGCGCCGUCAGCCUGAGGGCCCCUACAUCAUCGGUGGAUGGUCUGCUGGUGGCGUUAUGGCCUACGAAGUCGCUAAGCAGCUCGUCGAUGCUGGCGAGAAGGUUGAGAGCCUCGUCUUGAUCGAUGCUCCCUGCCCAGUCGCUCUUGACCCUCUUCCCGCUCGUCUCCACAUCUUCUUCGAUCAGAUCGGUCUCCUUGGUACUGGCAAGCCAGGUGGAACUCCCUCAUGGCUCCUGCCUCACUUUGCUUCAGCCAUCCAGAACCUGAAGAACUACGACCCGGUACCCAUGGACCCGAAGAUUGCACCACCCGUUCUUGCCAUCUGGUGCACUGACGGUGUGUGCCCUAACCCCGAGGACCCUCGCCCACCACCAGGUGAGGGAGAGGACCCAGCUCCUAUGAAGUGGCUCCUCAAUAACCGUACUGUUUUUGACGACAACGGUUGGGCUCAGCUCCUCCCUAAGGAGAAGUUUGAGUACGCUGUCAUGGGCGGCAACCACUUCACAAUGAUGAAGGGCGAUCACGGUGCCACAUUAGGCAAGCUCAUUCAGAAGGGUCUCAAGCUAUAAGCUUUUGGUCUCCAAGCAUGUAGAUUGUACAGACAGCAUACAUCUCCUUUGUUCAAGUGUUGAACCUGGGGUUGUGGGCGUUCAGGGUUUGGUUACAGGCAUACACUUGGUUGUUGGCGUUGGAGGCGUUCAAGUGAGAUAUAAGCGUUGAUCCACUGGUCAUGGUUCAAUGCUAUAUAUCUUACUUUGAUAUUAUCACGACUGGUUACGACGUUGAGUUUGUUGCGUUCUGUAUGUAUAUCACUUUGAUAUCUAGUAAUGACAAGGGUCUAGUUC